UACAGCGUUCCGUGGACCCCAAGUUCAUACCUCCCAGUGGUAAGAGACUAUCAAAGCCAAAAGUGUCUUAACAUAUCCUUCUAUCUAUUUUGUGUGUGUACAUAUAAUAUAUAUAUGUAUAUAUAUAUAGAGAGAGAGAGAGAGCAAAGAGCUCUGAACUCUCACACAAUUAAUUUGGCCGAGAGAGAAAGAUGAGCAACAAGGAAGCAGUCGCAAUGACAGAGUCAAAUCCGAUGACUGGUGGAGAUGGCACUUACAGCUACACCAAGAACUCCACCUAUCAGAGAGAAUCUUCAAAUCAUGCUCAAAAAAUGAUCGAUGAAGCAAUUGCAAUGAAGCUUGACAUAAAAAGCCUCAUUUCUAAUUCAAACACAUUGCGCAUAGCAGAUUUGGGAUGUUCAGUUGGGCCAAAUACCUUCAUUGCCAUGCAAAAUGUACUUGAAGCGAUGGAGAAAAAGUGUCUUUCCCAAGGCAAUGCUUCUAAAGCGCCCGAAUUCCAAGUGUUCUUCAACGAUCAUGCAGCCAAUGAUUUCAAUACACUUUUCGCAUCCCUCCCUCAUGAUAGGCAAUACUUUGCUGCUGGAGUGCCAGGUUCGUUCUAUGGCCGCUUAUUCCCGGAGUCCUCUCUCCAUUUUGUGUAUUCCUCCACUGCACUCCACUGUCUCUCUAAGUUGCCUGAAGAGUUGCUCGACAAAAACUCACAAGCAUGGAACAAGGGAAGAAUUUACUACCCAAGUGCGUCGGAGGAAGUAGCAAAUGCUUAUGCUGCUCAAUUUACAGAAGACAUGAAGAACUUUCUGAAUGCUAGAGCUAAAGAGAUUGUGGCUGGAGGGAUGAUGGUAGUGCUCAUGGCUGGUCUUUCGGAUGAUAUCCAUUAUUCUCAGCUCUCGGCAGGUCGGCAGUUUGAUUUCAUUGGGUCUACACUCAUGGAUAUGGUGAAUGAGGGAUUAGUCAGUGAAGCUCAAGUGGAUUCAUUUAACAUUCCUGCGUAUUGUCCCUCCCCCAAGGAGAUUGCACGGCUUGUAGAAGAAAACGGAUGUUUCAGCAUUGAGAGAAUGCAGAUGAUGGAUUCGAGGUCAAAGAUGAAUGCCCCGCCACUUGAUGCGCACACAUUUAUAAUGCACCUAAGAGCUGGCAUGGAAGGAUUUUUCACCAAACAUUUUGGAAGUGAGAUUGUUGGCGAAAUGUUUGAAAGGAUUUCUAAAAAAAGUGCAGAGUUUUCCUGCCUGCUGGACAAAGGCUACAAUGAAAGAAAUGAAGUAUUUUUUGUUUUGAAGCAUAAAUGAUGUGAGUUGGGAUGGUAUUGGCCUCAUUAUAAGGGGAAGAAGAAGUGGUUUCGGGAUGUAUAAUAUCCCUAGGUUGUCUUGUUAAUUUGGAGUUCUUUUAAUGUAUUUUUGUUCACAUGCAAGUGUUAGCAUGUUUAAGUUUUAUUUAUAAAGUUGUAAUACUUAGCUAGGUUCAAUAUGCCGUUUAUGC